CAGAGUUCAUAAAUAUAGUAUUGAAAUUCAAAUUGUUUUUAAUGUGUUCAGAAAUCAGUCUACAUUCAAUGCAUCAAAAUAAAAGUGUAAAGGAUAUCGAUGUGUUUCCUUUAUAAAUUAUUUAGACAUGUUUCAGGGUCCUAUUUGUCGUAGUGGACUAAUAUCGUAGGAUGUUCUUAGGUUGAAAAAUAUGUCAAAAUGGAACGAUCUGUGACAAUUUGAAAACUAUGUUUUUAGUCGGCGUUUAUCAACUUCUUGUUAAAUUAUCAAAGAAAAUGGCGGGUGAGUCGACAAAAUGCUACUCCACAGCCAUUUACACCACGAUUAUGGUGGUUUUAUCACUACAAUUGUUGGGGACAAUAGAGAAGCAGGUGUUUGAUUUCCUGGGAUACAUGUGGGCACCAAUCAUUGGCAACUUCUUCCAGAUUAUUUGUUCCAUUUUGGGUAUCUUUGGGACUUACCAGUUCCGGCCUGUGUUUAUUGCAAUAUAUUCCACUUGGAGCUUGAUAUGGCUGGGCUGGAACAUCUUCGUUAUCUGUCUGUACUUGGAAGUCGGUGUUCUCAAUAGGAACAAAGAGCUCUACAUUCUCACGAUGGGCACCAAGUCUAAGAGCUGGUGGCUAGACCACGGUAUUGGUUGCCGUGUGAACAACGAGUCCUGGGUCGAGGGGACAGCUGAGGAGCAGGGCCGGCUGAUACCGCCUGAGGAAUACGUGGAGGGAUGCAUUCUUGAGUACUAUUACGUAGAGGUUAUACACGCCGCGAUACAGUGUCUACUGGCGCUGACUGGAUUUGUGUUCACGUUAAUGGCUAUAUACAUCUACAGCGAGGAACAAGAGUCGACUCCUGCACCCGUAAACCAUGAACUAGAAUACGUUAAAAUGAACACCCUCACACCAAAUGGCUCAACAACAACAACAACAACAACAACAAGAAACGAGCCUUCAUCACCCACCAGAGCUGGUACAUCCAACCUCGCCUAUGAAAGUGACGCUCAAUCCACGCGCACAACGACAGACAUCCACGAAACAUACGCCACAGGUACCCUCGAUCGGCCGCCCAGCUACGAAACGAGCAUGCGCAACACAACAAACGUGAACAACCGUUACGGUGCGGACAGACAGAGUGUUCGUAGCACGCGAAGUGCACGCAGUGCAAGAAGCGCACGCAGUAACAGGUCUACGCGCAGUGCACGGACUAAACGGAGACGCGAUCAGAGUAACGAACGUCGCGAAGAACUCCCAUGGGUGCAGAUAACACCUUCAGCCAGUAACCAUGCACAUAUGGAUAGUGCACCGUACCGGCACUUUCCCUGAUUCUCAUGGUUUAGGCAGAUGCUAACGUGUGAAAUGUGCCUUGAAUGGCGUAUUUGGUUAUCAGGGGUGUGAUUUUUCCUUCCAUUCAGCUAAUUUCCUCCCUUUCAAUGUCCAACUAAUAAAAUAUAAAAAGUUAUUAUCUUCGCAGGAUCUGCAUACAAAAUGAAGAGUCAGUUAAACUGUGUUAGGGGGGAGGGUAGGGUAUUGUCCUCCCCUGUCUUGGUUUCUAAAUCACACCCCUGAAAUAUGGGUCUCAUGGACUUAGGUGGAUUUAAGUGUGUAAGAUGUGCCUAGAAUGGCAUAUUUGGCAGUUGUAGUGCGUUGUUCAGUGGGCUUGGUUGUGUUGGUGGAUCUUACAAACAGCUUAUUUUUCUAUGAUGUAUUUUUACUCAAAUAUAUUUAUUUAGUUACAAUUCAACACCGUUUAACAUUUGUAUUGAUUAUUUAUAUAAAGAAGAUGUAAUUAAAUAUCAAACCAUGCCUAUAAAACGUAUCAACAUACAAUUAAUGCUGAUCCUGCAUAAACUUUUUUUGUGUUUUGUAUAGAAUGUAUGAUUCAUUUGUGUAUGCUACUAUGUUACAAUGGUGUUCUGUACAAAAACAGUUAUUUACUCUGCUAAUGUCUCAAUUCAAGCUUGUGUUCUGUAACAGCGUGAAUGAUUUGAUAAGAGAUCUGAAUUAGUCUGAUCAAUAACUGUAGUAGGCGUGGGAAAAUUGUGUAUGAAAAUUAUUUUUGUUUUGAGUCUAGUUAUGUACCAAAAUAAAUUGUACAGUUUUGUUGACUUAGGAUUUAAUUGUAUAGUAUUUGUAUGUGAGAAAUGCUUGCACUUGAAGAAUGCAUACAUAUUUUUCAUACAUGCGGUUUUUGAUAUGUUAGAGAUAAGCAUGGUUCUAAGCUCAUUCUAAAGCUCGUUCACAUAAUGCUGUAGUUUUAGUGAAGAACAAGAUCAUGGGUACCCUUAUUUGCAAUUCUGGCGCAUGGGUACCCGUGAUUGGAAAUUUAGAGACAAAUGUGCACAGUGCUUAACCCUUUUUACCACUU